GAAGAUUUUUUCACGGUGCGGCGGCGGGGCCAAACCCCAGAUAGAACCCUGCGCCGCGUGGUGCCUAGCCCCGCGGCCGCCGCCGCCGUGGUGCUGCCCGGGGCUUGACGGCGUCGCUCCUCAGUUCCUGCCUCCGCCGACUGUUUCUUCUUCUUUGAGAGCAAGCUGGUAAAGCAAAGUAGUAUACGAUCUCCAGUCCAAACAUCCAUUCGUGUGAGCAGUCAAACAGUUAAUCCUUAAGUAUGGUUUCUGUAUACGAAGAAGCACGGGAAAGGUGGACUUGGAAAAAUCAAGUAACAGAAGAAGGGCCUUAUGGCUUUAAAAUUCUCUCCCAAAUAAGACGCCAGGACCAUGACUGCUGUACCUUCUCUGCUAUGGCUUCAACUCUCGAGGCCAAUGUAAGAGUUCAGCAUGGAAGGAACGAUCAAUUUUCCAUACCUCACCUGCAAUUUAUAGAUGCUCAAUCAAAAAUCAGUGCACCAAAUACCAAUGAGACAAAGGUACUGAGGCUUUUGAAAAGUCUAAAAGAGAGAGACGGUGGGGUUUACUUGGAUGAAGACUAUGAUAGUGAGGGGAAUCUCCGAGCCUUAGAUGCUAAAGUUUGCAGGGUAUGGAAGUUCAAUCUCUACCAUGUGAAGGACAUUAUUCAUCUUCGAAGUGCUCUUCAUCGGCUGCGCAGGCAAGGGCCUUUACUGGCUGUUAUCCGCAUCAGCCGUAAUUAUGAUGAGUGCCGCAAGUCAGGCCAUGUCUACAAAUAUGAUCCUGCCCGAAUCUGCACAUAUGAUGAUGGGAAACCCAAGACGCACGCGUUGUGUGUUGUUUCGUUUGUAACUGAGAAGGGUACACCAUGCCUUGAGUGUCAGGACUCUCACGGCACAGCUUGGGGUAUUGGCGGUUACUUAACUGUGGAAAUCAGGUCACUAAAAGAGCUAUACAGUGUUAGAGUUACGUAGCUGGUGGCUGUCAAGUCAAUGCAACUCAAGACUCUACGUAUGCACUCAUUUUCUAUCAUUUUAAUACUUCCUGCUUACAGUACGUGGCCAAUGCAAAGAUUUCAUGGCUCAGAAGAAAGGGAUCUUUGGAAUUAAUACUUUGUAUUUAAGUGAUAAUGGCCUGUUGCUUCUCUUGACCUUUUGUCCCUUUUUUGGAUGUGAGAGUUAUGGAAGUUAGAUUUGGGGAACAGAAGAUUUUGUGAUUCUAUCAAAGCGAGAUCAUUUCUUUAAUUUGAAUAUCCACAUGCCUGAGGGUAUGGUUGUAGAGUGCCUGAAUGCUGAUAUACGUGGAAUUUUGCUCAUUUGAUCAUCAA